AUGAAUGUAUGUGCCAUGGGAAAAAUCGCUAAAGAGCAAAUUGCAGAGCGAUUCCGUGGCGCUUGGAUACUGGCUGGACUCUAUGCCGCUAUUAUGAUCGAAUCAGCCACUGUUGGAUUACUUUUUCACGCAACUCUUGCCGAAAUGAUCGACCACAGCCUCAUGACUGUUGAACAAAGGGAUUCUGUGGCAGUUAUCAUACUAACAUUCGUCGUCGUUUCGUUAAUUGGUUACACAUUAACGGUACCAUGUCUGUGCUAUGCCGUGCAAAAACACUCUGCUUCAGCGCUGGUACCGUACCUUGUUUGGAGAAAGUUGUUCUCUUUAAUCGUACUAGGUGUUGUGAUAUGGCAGGCGACGUUAUCACCAAAGACACCAAUGCUUUUCCGGUCUGCGUUCUAUGAUCGGCAAUUUCCUGUGGCCGUGACCGAGGUAUCCAUGCUCAAUUACUAA